AUGAAGUUGAUCCUUAAAGAUAAUGAACCUGUGUAUCAAUCGCCUAGACGCUUAUCUCAGAUGCAGAAAGACAUAGUAAAUAAACAGAUUGAACAGUGGAUUGCGGAAGAUCGAUAUCCUCUUCCGUUGAUUAAGGAUCAAUUAGACUUUUUACAGGGCGCUAAGAUAUUUAGUACUCUAGAUUUAAAGAAUGGUUUUUUUCAUGUUCGGAUGGACGAAGACAGUCGAAAAUUUACAGCAUUUAUUGUGCCUGAUGGUCAUUUUGAAUUUCUUAGAGUUCCGUUUGGACUUUGUAAUUCACCUGCAGUUUUUCAAAAGUUUAUCAAUACAGUUUUUAAAGAUUUGAUUCGAGAAGGAAAAGUGUUGACAUAUAUGGACGACCUUAUUGUUCUUGCGCAAAAUCAUGAGGAUGCUUUGAGAAAUCUUGAAUUGGUAUUAAAAACUGCAAGUGAAGCUAGGUUAAUAAUUAAUUGGAAAAAAUGCUGCUUCUUGCAAGAAAAGGUUGAAUUUCUGGGUCAUGUAAUUGAAGGUGGCUGUGUUCGUCCAUCACCAAAAAAGGUUAAAGCUGUCAUGUCUUUUCCAGAGCCUACAACUAUACAGCAAUUACAAAGUUUUUUAGGUUUAACUGGAUAUUUCCAAAAAUUUAUUUUGAACUACUCAAUAAUUGCUCGACCGUUAACAAAUUUGUUAAGAGCUGGUGUUAAAUUUUUUUUUGGUGAAACAGAAAAAGCAGCUUUUGCUCAGUUGAAGUCAAAAUUAAGUGAAAAGCCUGUAUUAGGUUUGUACAAAAUUGGAGCAGAAACAGAAUUACAUACGGAUGCAUCAAAGUACGGAUAUGGUGCAAUUUUAUUUCAACGAAAUAGUGAUGAUCAGCUGUUUCAUCCGAUAUAUUAUGCUAGCGGAAAGACUACUUUAAUUGAGGAAAACACGUUGGGCUUUAAUGCUGGAAGAAUUUCAAUCGAGCAUAGAUCAGGGAAAAGUGUGCCGCAUGUUGACGCUCUGAGUCGGAAUCCUUUGUCUUCAUGCUUUGUAAUCGACGAAAGUGAAGAGGGAUUUAUUGCAAGAUUUAGGAAGGCUAAAAAAGAAGAUAGCGAUAUUAAGAAAAUAUGCGAUUUAGCUUCACAAGGUCAGUCAUCUGAUUACAUUAUUCGAGGGGGACUUCUGUUUAAAGAAGAUGCUGGUGAUUUUCGGCUAGUAGUUCCUAAAGUAAUGCAAUCGCAAAUUAUAAGAGAAGCUCAUGAAAAAGGCCAUUUUUCUAUCAAUAAGACCGAAAUUCUUGUAAGGCGAGAUUAUUGGAUUUGUAAUUUACGAUCGAAAGUUGAAAAAGUUGUUCGCAAUUGUAUAACCUGUAUUCUUGCAGAGAGGAAACAGGGUAAGCUAGAUGGUUUGUUGAAUCCGAUAGAAAAAGGAAGCCUGCCAUUGGAUACUUUUCACGUUGAUCACUUAGGAUCGCUGCCAUCGACUAAGAAAAGUUACAAGCACAUUCUAGUAAUUGUGGAUGCCUUUUCAAAAUUUACUUGGUUAUUCGCAACUAAAUCAACGAGCACUGUAGAAGUGUUAAGUUGUAUGCGAAAGCUGGCGGCAAUAUUUGGAAAUCCAAGACGAAUUAUUUCUGAUCGAGGUACUGCAUUCACUUCAAAGGACUUCGAAGAGUACUGCAGACAAGAAAAUAUUGUUCAUUGCUUGACCACGGCGGGUGUACCUCGGUCGAAUGGUCAGGUAGAACGAGUCAAUAGAACGUUGAUACCAUUGUUGACUAAAUUAGCGGCGCCAAAAUCUCAAGAGUGGUAUAAAUACUUGGAUAUUGCACAGCAAUAUCUUAAUACGACGACUCACCGAAGUAUAAAUAACAUUCCUUUUAACAUACUGUUUGAAACUCAUGCACGUUUGCGAGAAGACAUUAAAAUAAAGGAACUAUUGGAAAAUGAAAUGAUAACUAUUUUUCAAGAAAAUCGAGAUGAAGAAAGAGCAAAAGCAAGUGAAAGUAUUGCUAAGAUACAAUGUGAAAACAAGCGUAUUUAUGGUAAAAGACGAAAAAAUGAUAAGAAAUACCACGAAGGCGACAUUGUUGCUAUCAAGCGUACUCAGCAAGGUCCAGGUUUAAAAUUAGCACACAAGUUUUUGGGGCCCUAUGAAAUAAUAAAGGUUUUACAAAAAGGACGUUACAACGUACGAAAGAUAGGAGAACAAGAGGGACCUCUUUAUACAUCAACAGCAGCUGAUUUCAUGAAGCCUUGGAUAGAAGACAAUAGUGAAGAAUCAUCUUUCGAAGAUGUCGAUGAAAACAUUUGGGACGAAUGUUAA